UGAGAGUAAGACCAUGAAAUUGGGAAGACACAAAGUCGAUUUUGAUGAAGCUGGAAAUUGUGAAUCUGAAGAAUUGGAGAAUGCUAAAGUUGAAUCUGAAGAGGAUAAGGAUUGUGAGGGUGAGAACAAGAGUGUGAGUGUGAAGGAGCGUGAUAUGAGUGUGUAUGCUCCUUCGGGAGCUAGAAUCGAUGACCAAGGCAAAAGCUAUGUUGCGAAAUUGAAAGAGACCCUCCGACGUUUCAAUCUGCAUUACCUUCACUUUGUUCAGGAAGAGGAGAAGAGAUGCACGAAGCUGGAGAAUGAGAGUGAAUGCCGUGACGAUCUAAAGAAACCCUCCAAUGGAGCUGAUAAGAAGGCAGUUUCCGAGAAUGGGAGUGGAAGUCUUGGUGUUCUUAAGAAGCAGUCCAAGAGACCUGAUCUUAAGGCAAUUUCACAGAUGUUGAUCAACAAAGAAAUUCUAUACCCUGAAAAAACAGUUGGUCAUCUACCGGGUAUUGAAGUCGGGCAACAGUUUUUCUCUCGAGCCGAAAUGGUGGUUGUAGGGUUUCAUAGCCACUGGUUGAAUGGAAUUGAUAUCAUUGGAAAAUCUAAAGGAAAGGACAAAUUUAAAGGCUAUACCUUACCAAUUGCAGUAGCGAUUGUGUUGUCCGGUCAAUAUGAAGAUGAUGUUGAUAACUCAGAUGAAAUUGUGUACACUGGCCAAGGUGGAAAUGACUUACUUGGUAAUAAACGUCAAAUCCAAGAUCAAGUAAUGCGUGCGGGUAAUUUGGCUCUUAAGAAUAAUAUGGAGCAGUUCAUUCCCGUCAGAGUCAUCCGUGGUCAUAAAUGUGACACUAGCUAUACUAAGAAAGUUUAUACAUAUGAUGGAUUGUACCAGGUUCACCAUUAUUGGGCAGAGAAGGGUGUAGCUGGGUUUACCGUAUUUAAGUACCGUUUGAAGCGACUUCCAGGUCAACCUAAAUUGAUCAGUAAUCAGGUUUUAUAUACUAAUGGGAAAGGGUCUAAAGCUCAGUCUGAAUUACCUGGGUUGGUGUGCAAGGACAUUUGCAAUGGUCUAGAAAAUAUAGAAGUUCCAGUUACCAAUAUAGUUGAUAUACCUCCUGUAGCGCCCGAAGGCCUUACAUAUAUCACAACUACUGAAGUUGCUAAGAGUGUAUGCAUUCCACCACGUGCUCGUGGGUGUGAUUGUGAGGGAAACUGUACUAAUUCAAGGACUUGUUCCUGCGCUCAACUCAACGGUGGUGACUUCCCUUACGUUAGCAGAGAUGGUGGAAGAUUGGUUGAAGCAAAGGCUGUUGUGUUUGAGUGCGGUCCACAAUGUGGCUGUGGACCAAAUUGUGUGAAUCGCACAUCUCAACGAGGAUUGAAAUAUCGACUUGAGGUAUUUCGGACACAUGACAAAGGCUGGGCUGUUAGAUCUUGGGACUUUAUUCCUUCUGGUGCACCAGUAUGUGAAUACAUUGCAGUUCUUAGGAGGAAUGAUGAAAUAGACAAUAUCUCAGAGAAAGAAAAUGAGUAUGUAUUUGAAAUUGAUUGCUGGCAGACGAUGAAUGGAAUUGGGAGAAGAGAGAAACGAAUGGGGACUGUGGCUAUUCCAAAUAGUGAUGCCAUAUCAGAAAGUGAUCCCGAGUAUUGCUAUGAUGCGGGUUCACGUGGCAAUGUAGCUAGAUAUAUCAAUCAUAGUUGUGAGCCAAACCUCUUUGUACAGUGUGUUUUGAGGGAGCAUCAUGAUGUUAGUCUUGCUAGAAUUGUGCUAUUCGCUGCAGAUAACAUACCUCCAUUGCAGGAACUUUCAUAUGACUAUGGAUAUGAACUCAACAGCGUGGUUGGUCCUGAUGGAGAAAUAAAGAAGUUAUUUUGCCGUUGUGGUGCAGCCGGCUGUAGAAAGCGUUUGUACUAGGAACAUGGUGUGCAUUUUACCCUCUGACCCUCUUUUGUAGUAGUCACACCCAUCCCUUACUAGUUCAAUACAGGAAGUGAAAACACUAAAUUAAACUCUGUAUUUUUUCUGAAUGCUCAGUUGGAAGUCAGUUGCAUUUUGCAUAUUGCAUCU